GCCGUCAUGGCGGCGCCCAGAGAAGAGGCAGCGCCGCGGCGCCCGUUCGGGAAGCGGCUCCUCACCGACCCCGCUCGUCUCUUCCAGCACAACGCGUGGGAUCACGUGGAAUGGUCAGAAGAGCAGGAAGCCAGUGCCAGGAGUAAAGUUGAAGAGAACAGCUCCCAGCUCUUGCCCCAAGAUAAACAAGAGGAGUAUGAGGUGAAUGCUAGGAGGUACUGGGAUGACUUCUAUCAAAUCCAUGAGAAUGGCUUCUUCAAGGACAGACACUGGCUGUUCACUGAAUUUCCUGAGCUGGCACCUCAGGGGAACACAAGGCAGAGGAAGGAUUCUGUGCUUGAAUUUAAUAGCAAGGAAGAAUCCAGCAAUGAAGGACUGUCAAGCUGUGAGAAUGGACAUUGUUCACUGGAAACCAAGGCAGAGGAUCAGCUCAACCUGAUGAAAAGCACACCUGAGAGUUGCAGGGAAGAGCUGGCUCCACAGAAGUGCAAUGAGUUGAAGGGAACUGAUGGGGAUUACCCAGGAUCAUCUGCAUCUUACCGUAUUCUAGAGGUUGGUUGUGGUGCUGGAAAUACAGUCUUCCCAAUUUUACAGACCAACAAUGACCCAGGCCUUUUUGUUUAUUGCUGUGAUUUUUCUGCAACAGCUGUGGAUCUUGUCCAGAACAACGCAGAGUAUGAUUCCUCUCGCUGCUUUGCAUUCAUCCAUGACCUGUGCAAUGAGCAAAGUCCUUUCCCAAUGCCAGAUGAGAGCCUUGAUGUUGUUAUUCUCAUCUUUGUCCUCUCAGCAAUUCACCCAGAGAAGAUGCAGAGGGUGGUGACCAGGCUGAGUCGCCUCCUGAAAGCAGGAGGAAUGAUCUUGUUACGAGAUUAUGGCCGUUAUGACCUGGCUCAGCUUCGCUUUAAGAAAGGUCAGUGUCUCUCAGAUAACUUCUAUGUGAGAGGUGAUGGCACCAGAGUCUACUUCUUCACACAAGGGAUGGAGGUGAGGCUGACCUGCCUGGAGUCUCCUGGGUUGAACUCUUGCUGCCUGCAGAGGAUGGACACCACUUAAAGGAAUUCCUCUUUACUGUUUUACAAGGAAAGAAGAAGGGUGUGGUUGAGCAGAGAGCUGAGCUAGCCUCUCCAGUUCUACUGCUGCUAGUCAGCAUGGCUUUUAUUCCCCCUUGCUUAUCAGCAGCUCCACCUCCACUCACUUCCUCCACAAUCCCUUGUAGAGCAGUGGCACAACUACAUGCAGCUAAUCCCCCCCCCACAACCUUUCCCCACUGCACAAACCUUGUUUGUCCCAAGCAAAAAUGAAUGUUCAGUGCAUGUCUGGCAGAGGUUUCCCCAUGGCAAACAUCUGAUAAAAGGGCACAAGUUGAGACCUGUUGACACCUUUGCUACAGAAACUCCAUCCAGGUCACGUGCUCUCAGGCUGCCGUUGAACAAGCUGUCUCUGAAGCUCAGCAGGACUCAAGUCUGCCUUUGCCCACAGCCAGUUAAUGCUGGGGCACCAUCAUAUUUAUUUGCUUGGUCAGGAAUACCUGCCCACAGAAGUGUUGAAGCCUUGAGGGCUCUUAGUGCUUUGAUUGGGUCCCAACAGGGUGUGGUGCUUUUGAAAGGAGAUCUUUUUUGCCUUCCUCAACUUAAGCUUAAUGAAUCCUGUUCCCCUCCAGCUUGUACAGCACAGCUCUUACUGCCACCAUUUAAAAGUGUAGGGCUGAUCCUCUUCUUUGCUCUUGUUGUUGUUCCUCUGGAGAGAGAGGGGAAGGGGGAGGAAUGGAGCUGUCACUACUCAAUGGAAGAUGCUCCUUUAGUCACUUACUAAAGGCAAAACCCAUGUCUGUAACUACUGCAGUUUUCUCUUUGUCAUAGAAUCAUAGAAUGGGAGAGUUGGAAGGGAGCUUUAGAGCUCAUCCAGUCCAAUGCCCCUGCAGGAGCAGCUCCCACCUAGAUCAGGCCCCGCUGCCCACACUCUGCUGGAU